CUCUAUGUUGACACGCAACAAUGGCGGCUACCACUCUCGACGUGCAAAGUGUGACAGGACUGUUAGAAAGCUGGUUACCAAAGUUGGGAUUUGAAGUCUAUCCUCUAAAGGUUGGUUGGUAUAACUCAGUCCUCCCUCCGUCACUGCGCCUGGCUUUCCCCGAUGACACCCUUGCUGUGGUGGUACUCAGCACUCCUGCCAUGUUUGAACAAGCCUUCCUGCCCUUCCUGAAGGAGAGUGGCUGCCAUGGCAUUUCAGACCCCAUAGACCAGUGUGUCAAACACUGUGUCACCUCUGCAGUCUCACAGUGUUUUCCAAGACAGAAGGUGGAUGUGAUGUAUGACUACGAGAUGCUGCCGAGCAGGAAGCCGAAGUUCUUGGCACAGACUGCAGCUCACGUGUCUGGAGCAGCUUUCUACUACCAAAAAUCUGAUGUCACAGACCAACCCUGGGCUGAAAAAAAAAUGUUUGGAGUGUGUGUGCACCCGAGGUUUGGGGGCUGGUUUGCCAUCAGAGCUCUGUUGGUGUUUGGAGAUGUGAUGGUGGGCUCUGAGAUGGUGCAGCCUGUUCCUCCUGACUGUGUGCCCACCAGAGAGGGCAGGAUACAGCUGCUGGAGGCUUUCAACUUUCACUGGCAGGACUGGAGCUACAGAGACAUCGUCCGUCCAGUCCAAAUCUACUCUCAGAGACAGAAGGACUACUUUUCCACUCUCCCUGCUCAGCGUUUUGCUCUGCUCAAAACUUGGGGCUUCCUGCAAAUGGAAGACCAUCAACCUGAAACCAACGCAGAUGGACAGGGCCAGGAGAACGGACAUGGCUGACAGAGAAGAAGAACUGCUGUGUGGAAGUACUGCCCACCCACUCUAAGCAAACACCUCCACUGCUUGUCAGACCUUUAGUUAUUUUGAUUGAACCCUGGUCUACAUGGUAUGCGGGAUACUUUUCCAGGACUUGACUAUGAUUGUUCACUGCUGCAAAGCUGCUAUAUGAUGUUUUUAAAAACAUGUUCACACUACGUCAAAAUACUGUUAAAAAUUACCUGACUGAAAGGCAGGUACUUUUAUUGUGUCAUUUUAUUUAAUCCUGAUUACAUUUAUUCAUACAUAUUGUAUGAGAUCAGUGGUAAGUCCUCAGAGCUGUCUGCUGAAAGGCAGUAACAGUUGACUAUAAUUUCUGACUCAGUAAAAUGUUUUAUAUUUACAGAACCAGCACUGCUCCUGUUGUUUAAGGGUGGGGGAUUUUAAAAAUGUUGACUGGAUCUUUUUGAAAGUGCCAGUAGUCUCUCCUGCUCAACAAACCAGGGGAAACAACAUUUGUUCUGUCAUGUGCUGCCAUAUUUUGAAGAAUGCAAUUUAUUAGCUUGUGUCAUAGUGAAAGCAACAGACUGUAGAUGUGUAAAUAGCAACAAUGACUCAUACUCAGUAUCAACACAAGAAGCCGUCUAUCAGCAGCCUGCUUUGAACCUGCACCUAGAAGUACACUGACUUUUACUUUUUUGCUCAUCUCGAGAAUGUUUUUAUUUGUCUUAACAGUGAAGCUAUGAACAUAAUCAGAUUUUAGGAAAUGUUAAACACCUAUAAGUGAACCUAAAUAUAAAAAUUGAGCAUAUAAACAAAAUCUGUCAAUCAAUGACCAUCAAGAAGAAACCCGUAAAGGAUCAGUCCACCAAGUACUUACAAAACUCCCCUCCUUUCAUCCAGCCAUUGGUUCUAUUGUUUUGUCCUUGUCUCCAGUUUACCUGACACUCGUCUUGAUGCAUUAUAUAUUAUGUGAGCUGCCUCUGCCCCCAGCCUGGUGACAGACUGUCAACGUUCAACUGUAACUAUCUCCCUCUGUCACUGAGUCAGCACUCUACCCUUUUCAACACCGUCACCCUGGCCGUACUUGGUUUAUCAGCUGUUUUUUUUCUUUCAAAAAUGUUUUUUAAACAAAAGUAAAUUCACACAGACACAUUAACGACUAAAAGCUGCCCCCAUCAAGCAGCAGUGCUGCACUGAGCAGCGUCCUCAGGCAGUGAGGACUUCAGCGUACUCUUUUUCUGUCUAAAAGGUAGAGGAACAAAGUAGGAAACUGUAUCUAUCAGCAGUUCCGCAGUAGAAAUUCUUUGCAGGUCAUGUCUGUAGUUCCACCUCUAGAUGUCACUGUUCUAUUGAUAAUGCAGGCUGUGGCUUUAUGCUGCUGUCUAAAGCAUCUGCAAAUGCUCAGCACUUGAUAAAGUCAAGUACACACUCUGCAGAUAACCUGCCUCAAGUAUACCAUCUACUCACUGUAACUGCAAA